GGGUCAUCUUCCCCACCCUGCGCAACUCCUUCAAGUCACGGGACCUGGAGCGCCUCUACCAGCGCUAUUUCCUGGGCCAGAGGCGCAAAUCCGAGGUGGUGAUGAAUGUGCUGGACGUGCUGACCAAGCUCACCCUCCUGGUUCUCCACCUGAGCCUGGCCUCGGCGCCCAUGGACCCGCUGAAGGGCAUCCUGCUGGGCUUCUUCACGGGCAUCGAGGUGGUCAUCUGCGCCCUGGUGGUGGUCAGGAAGGACACCACUUCGCACACGUACCUGCAGUACAGCGGCCUGGUCACCUGGGUGGCCAUGACCACCCAGAUCUUGGCCGCGGGCCUUGGGUACGGGCUCCUGGGCGAUGGCAUCGGCUACGUGCUCUUCACGCUGUUCGCCACCUACAGCAUGCUGCCGCUGCCGCUCACCUGGGCCAUCCUGGCGGGCCUGGGCACUUCGCUGCUGCAGGUGGUCCUCCAAGUGGUGAUCCCCCGACUGGCGGUCAUUGCCAUCAACCAGGUGGUGGCCCAGGUGGUGUUAUUCAUGUGCAUGAACACGGCUGGGAUCUUCAUCAGUUACCUGUCAGACCGCGCCCAGCGCCAGGCCUUCCUGGAGACUCGGAGGUGUGUGGAGGCCAGGCUGCGCCUGGAGACGGAAAACCAAAGACAGGAGCGGCUCGUGCUGUCCGUGCUGCCCCGCUUUGUCGUCCUGGAGAUGAUCAACGACAUGACCAACGUGGAAGAUGAGCACCUGCAGCACCAGUUCCAUCGGAUCUACAUCCAUCGCUACGAGAAUGUCAGUAUUCUUUUUGCAGAUGUUAAAGGAUUUACCAACCUCUCCACGACCUUGUCUGCUCAGGAGCUGGUCAGGAUGCUCAAUGAACUCUUUGCCCGAUUCGAUCGACUGGCCCACGAGCAUCACUGUCUUCGCAUCAAGAUCCUGGGGGACUGCUACUACUGCGUCUCCGGACUUCCGGAGCCCCGCCAGGACCACGCCCACUGCUGCGUGGAAAUGGGCCUCAGCAUGAUCAAAACCAUCAGGUAUGUGCGGUCACGGACGAAGCAUGACGUCGACAUGCGAAUCGGAAUCCACUCGGGCUCAGUGCUGUGUGGUGUGUUGGGCCUGCGGAAGUGGCAGUUUGACGUCUGGUCUUGGGACGUGGAUAUUGCAAACAAACUUGAAUCUGGAGGGAUCCCUGGGAGGAUUCACAUUUCCAAAGCCACCCUCGACUGCCUCAACGGUGACUAUGAUGUGGAAGAGGGCCACGGGAAAGAGAGGAAUGAGUUCUUGCGGAAGCAUAACAUAGAGACCUAUUUAAUUCAGCAGCCGGAGGACAGUCUGCUGUCGCUGCCCGAAGACAUUGUCAAGGAGGCAGUGAGCCCCUCAGACCGGAGGAACAGCGGGGCGACGUUCACCGAGGGGUCCUGGAGCCCUGAGCUGCCCUUUGACAACAUCGUGGGUAAACAGAACUAUUCUCAAAUGAGGGACGAAGUGUUCAAGUCAAACUUGGUGUGUGCGUUCAUCGUUCUUCUGUUUAUCACGGCAAUACAGAGCUUGCUUCCUUCUUCAAGGGCUAUGCCAAUGGCCAUCCAGUUCUCCAUCCUGAUCAUGCUGCAUGCGGCUCUGGUCCUCAUCACCACGGCGGAGGAUUACAAGUGUUUACCACUCGUCCUGCGGAAGACUUGCUGCUGGAUCAACGAGACCUAUUUGGCCCGGAACGUCAUCAUCUUCGCAUCCAUCCUGAUCAAUUUCCUGGGCGCCAUCCUCAAUAUCCUGUGGUGUGAUUUUGACAAGUCGAUACCCUUGAAGAACCUGACUUUCAAUUCCUCAGCUGUGUUUACAGAUAUCUGCUCCUACCCAGAGUACUUUGUCUUCACGGGCGUGUUGGCCAUGGUGACCUGUGCGGUUUUCCUCCGACUCAACUCUGUCCUGAAGCUGGCCGUGCUGCUCAUUAUGAUCGCCAUCUAUGCCCUGCUGACCGAGACCAUCUACUCAGGUCUCUUCCUGCGCUAUGACAACCUGAACCACAGUGGAGAAGAUUUCCUGGGGACCAAGGAGGCGUCGCUGCUGCUGAUGGCCAUGUUCCUCCUCGCUGUGUUCUACCACGGACAGCAGCUGGAGUACACUGCCCGCCUGGACUUCCUCUGGCGGGUUCAGGCCAAGGAGGAGAUCAACGAGAUGAAGGAGCUGAGGGAGCACAAUGAGAACAUGCUCCGGAACAUCCUGCCCAGCCACGUGGCCCGCCAUUUCCUGGAGAAGGACCGAGACAACGAGGAGCUGUAUUCUCAAUCCUAUGAUGCCGUGGGGGUGAUGUUCGCCUCCAUCCCGGGGUUUGCGGACUUCUACUCUCAGACCGAAAUGAAUAACCAAGGCGUGGAGUGCCUGCGCCUGCUGAAUGAGAUCAUUGCGGACUUCGAUGAGCUGCUCGGCGAAGACCGGUUUCAAGACAUUGAAAAGAUCAAGACCAUUGGCAGCACCUACAUGGCUGUCUCAGGCCUGUCACCUGAAAAGCAGCAAUGUGAGGACAAGUGGGGACACCUGUGCGCCCUGGCCGACUUCUCGCUCGCCCUGACAGAGAGCAUCCAGGAGAUCAACAAGCACUCGUUCAACAACUUUGAGCUCCGCAUCGGCAUCAGCCACGGCUCGGUGGUCGCUGGCGUCAUCGGCGCUAAGAAGCCGCAGUAUGACAUCUGGGGGAAAACCGUGAACCUGGCCAGCCGCAUGGACAGCACGGGGGUCAGCGGCAGGAUCCAGGUCCCGGAGGAGACGUUCCUCAUCCUGAAGGACCAGGGCUUCGCCUUCGACUACCGGGGGGAGAUCUAUGUGAAGGGCAUCAGCGAGCAGGAGGGGAAAAUCAAGACGUACUUUCUCCUGGGCAGGGUCCAGCCCAACCCGUUCAUCCUGCCCCCGAGGAGGCUGCCGGGGCAGUACUCGCUGGCCGCCGUGGUCCUGGGCCUCGUGCAGUCCCUCAACCGGCAGCGGCAGAAGCAGCUCCUCACCCAGAUUUAUAUAUAA